AUGGAUUUCUUCAAGCCGCCCAUCGUGCUCAUCCAUGGCCUGUGGAUGACUCCUCUGUCAUGGGAGUACUGGAUACCAUAUUUGGAGAAAAAAGGCUUCGAAGUCCACGCCCCGGGCUGGCCGGGUGUCGACGGCCGAACGCAUGAAGAGAUCCGUGCGGACCCGGAACCGAUAUCCCUACAUCGAAUUCAAGACAUCGUAGACUAUUACGAGACAUACAUCAAAAAGCUCGCGGAGCCUCCCAUCAUCAUUGGCCAUUCUUUCGGUGGUCUGUUUGCCCAGAUACUCUUAUCGCGAGGACUCGGGAUGGUCGGGGUUGCCGUAUGUCCCGCGCAACCAGCUGGAAUCAUCUAUAUAUCACCGAGCACCAUUAGAACGGCGAUGCCCAUCUUCACUCACCCGCUGCACUCAGACGCUACCAUACCAAUCUCCGAGACUCACUUCCACUACUGCUUUGGCAACCUUUUGACGGCUGACGAGAGCAAGAAGUUAUGGGAGCGGUACUGCAUACCGGCAGAUUCUCGGGUCUUGUGGCAACUGGCGACAAAUGUGACGGCUGGGGAAGCUGCACCCCAUUAUGUCCAAUUCAAUAAGCCUGACCGGGCCCCCUUGUUACUCAUAGGAGCAUCGAAGGAUCACAUCGUGACGGCGAGGACCGUUAGGAAAGAGUUCAAGGCGUAUAAGGGACCCGCGCCAGUGAAAUACAAGGAGUUCAAGGGGAUGAGCCACGGACUCAUCUUCCAAGAUGGGUGGGAGGAAGUUGUCAGUUAUGUUCUUGAGUACAUCAAUAAGCAUAUUCACUCAUAA